AUGUCACGUGUGGAGGGCGGUUUCGUCUCCGGAGGGGCCUCAGGGACCCUGGUCCCUGGGAUGCAAGUGACGGGCAGCGGCAUGGUGGUCGGAAGUGGCGAUAUAGUGGCUGGUGCUGGUGCUGGCGCAGGUGUUGCAUAUCGUGGUGAUGCUGGAGCUGCGGGCAACUGUCACGCCGAUUGUUUGGACGCGGGCCCGGGCACAAUGUGCUUCGAACCAGAUCCUUACUCUGUGACAAAGCAAGCGCAGUGGAAGUAUGUUGGAGCCGGGGAAGGAUCUUAUGACUCGGUGCAACAAGUGACCUAUGUAGGCCAGGGCGCCGGCAGUUGGGAGCGGCAAGAAGUGGUUUCCCACACUGGAUAUCGCUGGAGGCCCUUGUGCAUCACGCUGAUCACUUGCGUGCUGCUGGUGGCCGCUUGCAUCAUUGUGAUUCCUUUACUCAUGCCAGCUCAACGCGAUACCGGCUUUGACAUUCCAGCGGCACAAGAUUGCUCCCUGGGUGCUCACGAUUGGAAGAACUUGUGGGAUGAGACGAAGCAGAACUACUGCUGCCAGACCCAAAGCGUUGGUUGUCCUUCCGCCGUGGCUACGCCCGUGAAAAUUGUCCACUUUACUCACUAUGUGACGCGAGUCCACCGGGUGCCACACCCAGUGGCAGACUAUGUUGAGGUUCCUGUGCCACACGUGGAGGUUCGUCACGUUUACAGGGAGGAACGGCCCUAUGAAUGUGAUGAGGGGCUUGAGGACGUGAAGAAAUGGGACACCAAACACAAGCGCUACUGCUGCUUCCUGCGCAAGAUCGCUUGCCCAACGAAGGUUGUGAAGCACGACAAGUACAUCACAGUCAUGAAGCCCAAACUCAUUCCCAAGUACAUCCCCAUGAAGGCCACAGAGAACAAGACUGUGGUGGUGCCCCAGUACUACCCGAAAGAAAUUGAGCCGAAACCCAUCAAGGUGAGUGUUGAACAGCCUCCCAAGAUCAUCUACCAACCAGUGAAUGAGACGCGGUACAUCCGAGUGCCUGUGCCGGGAAAACCGCGCAUCGUAGUGCAGGAGAAGCCGGUUCCAGUGGAGAUGCCGCCAGAGGUGGUCAAGGUUUACGAUCACAUUAAGGUCCACCCCUUUGAGGUCAAGGAACCCCCUGUCCAUCACCACCACUUUGAUUGCAACGCAGGCUACUCAAACUGGUAUUUUGGAUGGUCUCCAAAGAAGAAGACUUGGUGCUGCGAAGAUUCAAACCGGGGCUGCCCAGGGACAUGGCAUGGAAGUGCGCACUUGCACAUUCACACACACGUGGGACAAGCGACUGGGCACAUCUACGAUUGUGAUGCCGGCUUCUCAAACUGGUUGCAUGGCUGGUCCGACUCCAAGAAAUCCUGGUGCUGUGACAAGUUCCAUGUUGGAUGCGCUCCGCACAGCUGCAGCGGUACUGAUGUGGGUAUGUGGAGUGUCGGCAAACGAGAAUGGUGCUGCAGCAACUUUCAGAAAGGCUGCGCGCGCACCACCUUGUCACCCUUGAAAUGCGAUGCGGUUUGCACUCACGCCGGGGAGUCGGUGAGCUGCAUGGAGCGCAUCCACUGGACGAAGCAAAACGUCUUCCAGGGCCGUGGAAAUGCUUGCGCUUUGGCAUAUAGCAAGGUCCAGGUGGAAUGCAGCAUUUGCCGUGGUUGCAGCAUCGAGGAAGCUGGUUGCACCGUGAAUGUGGCCACGUCUGCCGCCUUUGAUUGCAACGCAGCGCUGAGCAACUUCUUCCGAGCUUGGUCACCCUCCAAGAAGCAGUGGUGCUGCACACAAGAGGGCAAAGGUUGCGAGGGCAACAGCCCCCCGCAUGUGGAUCCCGGCUUCGGAAUGGUUUGGAAGCACGUGCAGGUGCAUGGCUAUUGGACAUGGCAGGCAGUAGGCGGAGGCCAUGUGAAGUUGCCGUACGAUUGUCACGCUGGCUUGGCAAAUUUCCAGAUUGGUUGGUCCAGCGGCAAGAGGGAGCCCUGGCUUGGUACGCCUGGUGCUGCUCUAAGCAACACUUGGGCUGUGGUGCCGUUGGCGGAGCUGCUAGCGCCGCUGGCGCCGCUGGCGGGUUCGCUGCUGGAGCUGCGGGAGCCACGGGCGGCGAAUUUGUUCACCAUACAACAGCAAAGGUUGCCAAUGAGCGAUUCCUGGAUCUCAGAACUCGUAGGCAUGGACUUGGAAGGCUUCGACACAGACAGCUGCCGCCUGAGGUUUCAGGGCGUGAGGGUGAAGUUGUGGGACAUGCAAAGUCAAGAGCUCCAGUGGGAGGUUUCAACUGGCAGCUGCUCCUUUUGCAGAGUCCUCCCUCUAGAUACCUCUGGCACAUUCUCGUUCUGCAGCCCCCUUUCAGAGCCAGAGGAACUUGGUAUUUUCGAUGCUCGGGCCCCACAGCCUCAGAUUGGGCACCUCGUGUUGCCCAGGGCAGAUGGAACCUCCUCUCCAGGGAUGUGCAUGGAUUUGUGCCAUUGUCCGGCUUUGGGUUCAUUUGUGAUCCUUGCAACCUACGAGUCUGCAGACCUGGCUCUUUGGGAUGUGCGCAUGCCCCGUCAACCUUCGAGCUACCUUGCUGGUGAUCCAACCUGUCCAGCUAUUUGUUCUGCAGUGCUGUGGCGCAAGGUGUGGCUUAGCUGCGCCGGUGGUCAGCUGAAAAUGCUGCGCCUUCGAGAUGGCAUCGAAUUGAGUUCAUCAAAGGUCCAAGCUGCUGAAGCUCCCUAUCAUCAGCCUGCCAAUGAAAUCAAGUAUAUGGCUGAGAAGCGUGGCAUCAAUGCCCUUGCAGUAAGGCCUGACUUGCGCCUCGUUGCAGCUGCCCGCUCAAUUCGGCUCAAUCCAUUGCAAGCGCACUGGGUAGAGGCUGGGAUCGCCGUGUUGAGCUCUUUGACGGAAAGACUGCCAAGUCCCUCAACCGCCUGGUAUGUCACGAUGACGCAGUGCUUUCUGUUGCAUUUGAACGCGAGAAAGGCAGCUUCGCAACUGGUGGAGCCGAUGGGCGCAUUGCAAUUUGGAGCCUCUUCUGUGAAAGCUACUUAG